UCCCCCACUGAGAUUUCCAAACCGUAUCCCAGUGCACUCCUCAUCUCCCAUCACUCUGGUCCAAGGGCUUCCAGAGUUUUCUUCUUCUUCUACCGUCAUCUCUCUCCCUCCUGGACGAGAGGGCUACCGCGUCUUACCUGGCCUCCUGUAGAGUCGCAUUACUCUGAAGGCACUUAACAACCUAACCUGCAAACCUGCACCUUUUGACUCCUUGACGCUUUUUAUUUUCUUGGGACGCGGCUCAAGAUGCCAGAGCCCACAAAGAAAGAUGAGACGUCAAAUGGCCAGCCAGAAGAAAGUGUUGCCCCAGACAGUAACGGUGCCCUGCCCCUACCUGAGAUUUCCCUGGAGAUUUCUCCACCCCCAGAAGCAGUAGCAGAGGGGAAAGAGCCAGUAGAGACUGAUGGGAAGAAACCAGAGGCCACAGAGCCUGAGCCUUUACAGGCUGUGGUGGCUCAGGAGCCGAGCCCCAUCGAGAAUGGCUCAAACCAACCACAGCCUGGUGGGGUCGGGGUAAAAGAGCAAACAGAGUCUGGUAAAUCUGCUAGAAAAGAAGAGGGCCCUUGCUCCCCCCCACCAACUGAGGACGCCAAUUCACUCAAGAAACUCUCAAUUGAGCUGCCUAAUGAUAGCGUUCCAGCUGCAGGGAGAAAAGACUCAGUGUGGUCUCUGGGAGACGGCCAGGGCCCAGAUGACCUGGACAAGCCCGUUGACAGCCCACCGCAGUCCACCCUGAUGUUAGAGAGUCCCCAAAGUGCUGUUAUCCCUGUGGGUGGAGACAUCACCUUUGUUGCCAAGGUUGAGGCCAAAGAUCUCCUCCGCAAACCCACGGUCAAGUGGUUUAAAGGAAAAUGGAUGGAUCUAGCUAGCAAGACAGGAAAGCACUUACAGCUGAAAGAAACCUUUGACCGACUGACCAAGAUGCACACAUUUGAGAUGCACAUCAUCAAGGCCAAAGACAACUAUGCUGGAAGCUACAGGUGUGAAGUCAGCUACAAGGACAAGUUUGACAGCUGUUCCUUUGACUUGGAAGUUAAAGAAGCUGAACAGGGCUCACAGAAUUUUGAUAUUCGAUCAGCUUUCAAAAGAAGCAGUGAAGGACAAGAGGAUGCAGGGGAGCUUGACUUUAGUGCUCUUCUUAAACAUAGAAAUCAAAGGGAGGCGAAGGUGGAUGACACUCCAGAGGUGGAUGUGUGGGAGAUCCUGAAGGGCGCCCGGCCAGAUCAGUACGAGAAGAUCGCCUUCAUGUAUGGCAUCACGGAUCUGAGGGGUCUGCUGAAGAGGAUGAAGAAGAUCCCAAGAGAGGAGAAGAAAAGCGAAGCUUUUACAAAGAAACUGGAACCGGCAUAUCAGGCGGAUAAAGGUGGAAAGAUUCGCUUGGUGGUCGAUCUGGCCGACCCCACAGUUGACCUGAAGUGGUACAAGAACGGACAGGAAAUCAGAUCCUCUCCCAAGUAUAUUUUUGAGAUGAAGGGCACACAAAGGAUUAUGGUUAUCAACAACUGCUCCUUGAAUGAUGACGCAGCAUAUUCUGUAGCUGCAGGAGACGAAAGAUGCUCAACAGAGCUGUUUGUCAAAGAGUUGCCAGUGAAGAUAGUUAAAAAUAUUGAGGCUGUGAAGACCACAGUGAAUGAGAGGAUUGAGCUGGAGUGCGAGGUGUCAGAAGAAGGUGCUCAAGUCAAAUGGAUGAAGAACGGUGUUGAGGUUCCAACAGGAGUGCGCUCCAGAUACCGAGUUAAGUGUGAAGGAACAAAACACUUCUUGGUGAUAGAUGACGCCUCCAGGGAGGACACUGGGUCCUACUCCAUCAUGGCUACCGGCGGCACAUCUGAGGCUCAUGUACAGGUUGACUUGAAACCGCUGAAGGUGUUCCAGGACCUUCAGGAUAUAACAGUGUUGCUCGGUCAGCCCAUCAACCUGCACUGUGAGAUUUACCCGGGCAACGUCCCCGGUCGCUGGUACAGGAAUGGACAGCUGAUCCAGCCCAAUGACCGCAUCAACAUCUUACACAAAAAUAAGUCUCAUCGUCUUGAGAUUGCGACCGGCUCCCUUCACGAUGCAGGAGACUACACUUUUGUUCCGGAGGGAUAUUCACAGAGCCUCUCUGCCAAAAUUCACAUUAUUGACCCACCAAGGGUGCACUUGGAGAGCUUGAACUUCCCAGACAACACCGUGACAAUUGUGGCGGGAAACAAACUUCGCUUGGAGAUCCCCAUCAGUGGAGAACCAGCACCCAGGGUGGUGUGGAUGAAGGGAGAAAGGGUGAUUCUUGAGUCGGGCCAUCGCGUCCGCGCUGAAACAUCCGGCGACCAGACCAGCCUGACAAUUGACGUCACGGAGCGGGAGGACACAGGCAACUACAAGAUUGUCCUGCAGAAUGAGGCCGGUGAAGCCACAGCCAGCAUUAAAAUCAAGGUUGUAGACAUCCCUGACCCUCCAGAUGCUCCCUUGGUCCCACAGGUGGGCGGUGAUUGGUGCUCAAUGACAUGGGAUCCGCCAAAAUAUGAUGGGAGUUCACCAAUAUUAGGCUACUUCAUCGAGAGAAAGAAAAAACAGAGCUCCAGAUGGAUGAGACUCAACUUUGACCUGAUCAAAGAAACAGCAUCAGAACCCAAGAAGAUGAUUGAAGGCGUGCCAUAUGAAGUGCGGAUCUUUGCAGUCAAUGCCAUUGGUGUGUCCAAGCCCAGUGAACCAUCCAAAGCCUUUACUCCCCUCGCUGUGACCAGUGAGCCAACCAUGCUGGUCGUGGACGAUGUCACCGACACCACAGUGACCGUAAAGUGGCGUCCUCCUGAAACCAUCGGAGCUGCUGGUCUGGACGGAUACUUGAUAGAGUACUGCAUAGAAGGAACUGAUGACUGGAUAGUUUCCAACAAUGAGCUGACAGAGAAGACCAAGUAUACCAUCACUGGGUUGACUCCAGGGACUAAAAUUUUAGUUCGAGUCAAAGCCAUCAACGCUGCCGGACCCAGCGCUCCACGGACCAUUCAGCACUCUGUCCUGGUCAAAGAGGUUAUUGAACCACCCAAGAUCCGCGUCCCCCGACACUUGAAGCAGACAUACACUCGAAGAGUUGGAGAAGCAGUCAACCUCGUAGUGCCAUUUAUGGGCAAACCCAGGCCGAAGGUCUCCUGGCUGAAAGAGGGCACGGCAAUAGACCCAACCCACGUCAGCAUCCGCAACACAGACUGUGACAGCAUAAUGUUCAUCCGUAAAGCGGAACGCAGCCACUCUGGAAAGUAUGAGAUGGCUGUGCAGGUUGAAAACCACGUGGACACGGCCAUUCUUGACAUACAAGUCGUAGACCUACCCGGGCCUCCUCAGUGUGUGACCAUUGAAGAUGUUUGGGGAGGAAAUGUGGCUCUGGUCUGGACUCCUCCAAAAGACAACGGCAACGCCCCGAUAACAGGCUACACCAUACAAAAGGCAGACUUGAAGACAAUGGAAUGGUACACAUGCAUUGAGCACUACCAUCGCACCUGCAUCACCAUCACAGAGCUGGUGGUAGGGAACGAGUACUUCUUCAGGAUCUUCGCAGAGAACAUGUGUGGCCCGAGCGAUACUGCCACCCAAACCAAGAAAAGCGCAGUCAUCGUCAAAGAAGGCAUGCAGCUGAAAACGCACGAGUUCAACGACCACGACUUCAUGGAGGCGCCAAAGUUCACGCAGCCGCUGAUCAACACUUGUGCUGUUGCCGGCUACAACGCUACUCUCAACUGUAGUGUCCGUGCCAACCCAAGGGCCAAUGUGAUCUGGAUGAAGAAUAAGAUAGCUAUCCUCGACGACCCGCGCUACCGCAUGUUUAGCAACCAGGGAGUAUGUACUCUAGAGAUCAGGAAGCCCAGCCCCUAUGAUGGCGGCAUGUACACCUGCAAGGCCAGCAACAACCUGGGAGAGGCCCAAGUGGAAUGCAAGCUGGAGGUCAAAGUCCAAACUCAAGAAUUGUGAAUGUAUGUUCUCAUAUAAGGAGGCUUCACCUUCUACGAACUCAUGCAACGCGGAGUGCCCCUACACCUGAUUGACAAGUACAUGACCGAGAAGAUUGUCGAGCAAGAGAAGUAGAAACCGGAUAGAGUGCAAUGAGACACUUAAGCUUUGCUGACAUCUGCCGCUGAUAGUGAUCCUAUUCUCUCACCUACUGAGGUCAGCGGCCUGAAGGUUGGAUGGAGGGGCGAUGGAGGGAUGUCGCGACUGAUGGGGGAGUGUGGGGGGAGGGUUUACUGGUCUGUGGUGUGGCAUGCUGUGUGCAAGUUUGGAGCUAAUUACUAUAGAAAUAUAAAAAGCCAGGUCACUUUUUUGUCCACCCUCUUGUGUUCCAAAUACUGUGUCAGCUCAGAUGCAUGCCGGCAGUGUUUUGGUAGCUUUGAUAAGUACAUGUAGCGUGUAAAAGAAAACUAAAAAACAACAUAUAUAGCACAGUGACACACUUGCCGUAUUUUACAUGUUGAUUCUUGUUGGGAGUGUUUGCUGAAGGUGAUAAUUUAUUUCCGGGGUCUGAAAGAAGGGAAAAGGGAGUGUAUAAACAAUGUUUGGGUGUUUUUAUUUCAUGUCAGAACUUAUAUAUGCGAGAAAAAUAUAAAUAGACCAGAGUAAUGUUGGAUAAAUGAUGUGCAGACUCUUCUAAGAUAAUUCACAUUAAUAUAAUUCAAUGAAUAAUUGUUCAUUUCACUUUUUCUGUGUGGGUCAUUUAUGUCAAAUAAGUGCGUAAAUGUAGAGGUUUACACACAGCCCAUAUUCUGCACGACACUAUGCUUUUUAGAUUCAUAUUGGACUUGAGGUUUGAUUGAUGCUCAGUCAUGUGCGCAUGCAUUUACCUUUGUAAUUAUGACCCAUGGAGUAAAAUAAAAAGUAAUUUUAAAAUGUGA